AUCUAACUAAGAAGCUUACAGGUGAAGAAACUUCCUCCACACCCUCAAAACCCUAAAAAAUUAAUAAAAACAAAAAGAGAAAGGAAAGAAAGAGAGAGAGAACAAGAACAAAAUUAAAUAAAAAGCCCUCUCCUUUAACUUUCCUUCCCCGCCUCUCGUUCUCUCUCUCUCUCUCUCUCUCUCUCUCUCUCUGCAACUCCCUUGUUGAUGUGAUUCUCCACCAUAACUCCAAAAACCUAUCAACCUUUACAAAAGAGAAAGAUCAAAAACCAUGGUUUUUUCUUCGGUUCCGGUCUAUCUAGAUCCACCCAACUGGCAGCAGAACCCAAAUCAUCAUCAACCUGGAAGCAGCAGUCAUGAGAAUCAUCAGCUUCCCCCACCUCCACCCCCUCCGGCUGGUGGUGGGGGAAGCGGCGGUGGGGGUUCAAUCAGGCCCAAUUCGAUGGCGGAUCGCGCUCGGAUGGCCAAAUUACCACAGCCUGAAACAGCCCUCCAAUGUCCAAGAUGUGAAUCUACCAAUACAAAGUUUUGCUACUUCAACAAUUACAGCCUCUCACAACCCCGCCACUUCUGCAAGACUUGUCGACGCUACUGGACUAGAGGGGGUGCUCUCCGGAAUGUUCCGGUGGGUGGAGGUUGCCGAAGGAACAAGAGAAGCAAGGGAAGUAGCUCAAAGUCUCCAGUGACUUCCGAGCUACAAUCUGGUUCUGGUACCACAAGUGCAAUCGCCUCCAAUAGCUGCACCACUGAUAUGAUGGGUCAUAUUGGCGCAUCAGUACCUCAUCCACAGUUGCCAUUCAUGGCUUCUUUACAACAUUACUCCGACUAUGGUCCAGAACACAUUGGCCUAAAUUUUGGUGGAAUUCAGCCACCACUGGCUGAAACCGGCGGUGGUAGUGGUGGUGGAAGUAGUGACAUGGAGUUUCAGAUGUCUGCAGGAGCUGCUACCGAUCAUUGGCGACUACAGCAAGUGCAGCAAUUCCCUUUCUUAACUGGGUUGGAGCCUCCAUCGGGGUUAUACCCAUUUGAUGGUGAAGGUGGUGGUGGUGGUGUUGAGCAACAAGGUUAUGCCGGAGGAGCAGGAGCUCAGAUUCGGCCAAAGCCACCAUCGUCUGGUGGCUCACAGUUCGCUUCAGUAAAAACGGAAGAAAAUCGAGGGUUGAAUUUAGGAUCAAGGCAGUUCUUGGGUGUUCCUGGAAGUGAUCAGUACUGGGGUGGUGGCAAUGCAUGGACAGAUCUUUCUGGUUUCAACUCUUCUUCCACCCAUCAUCUCUGAUAACUCAAAAGCUUCGCCGUCUCUUUAAAUUAAUUAAUUAAUCAAUCACUGCAGCUUCGACUAAAGAAAACCAGCACACUUGAAGAAGUUCCAUCCAAGCUUCCUAUACUUGGUGAAAUUGCAGGAAUGGAUAUCAUUUCUUCAAGUUGUUCAUGAUCUGCUGAAGAACCCCACCUAGAAAUGGUAGGUUUCUUGUUUUCAUCACUAGAAAUGGUAGAGCUAGGGUUUCUUGUUUUGCCUUAAUUUUCCUUCUUCCUUUUUUGUGUGUUCUACUGGAGUGUUUACAGAAGUGGGUGUAUUGAGUUCUUAGAUUUUGAUAUCUGACAUGAAGGGCUAGUUGUUAGAAUCAAUCAAAAGCACUGUAAUGAGUGAUUUCAUUUUGAGUUAUCUCUCAGCUUUCUAUGCCUUCUUCUCUGCA